AUACCCGCCUGGCGUGACGUCAUCACUUACCUGAGGUAACAGUAGCCAGGGAUUAGCCGCAGCCGUAGGUAGUAGCUAAACACUGAACGACAACAAAUUCAACUGAAAGGACAACUCGAAUGAGUCCUCUUAGAAUUUUCUAUGGAGGCGCCACUUCAUUUUGGUCGAUUUUUUUUAUUUGGCGAACGUAACUUGACUUUUUUGUAUGUGGUCAGUUGUUUCAGUUUGACUGGCCAAUAGAGAAACUUUUUUUCUGCAACUUCCGCCCUUGGCUCACCCAUAAAAGUUAAACUCAACUGGUGACUCCUAUGCACAGGUCAGUGGGGUUCUGAGCCAUGCCUGGCCACAGCACUGGGGCCCCACAGGCAUCACGCCACCACAAACAUCAUAGUUCCAGAGCAGACAAGGACACUCAGGCGCCGACAAUAUUCAGGCAAAGCACAAACAACCCAGACUCCUACAAGAAUCCCUACAGAGAACAUCAUCACAACAGCCACUCCCGCGACUCAAAGACCAAACAUGGUCGCAAAGCACACCCGCGCAACGGCGCCGGGCAGGGCUCAGAGACUAUUGGCUUCAUUCCAGGCUCGGCAGACAACACGCCCACCAACAGACAAUCCUGCGGCUCCUGCGCCUCUAUGGGCUGGAGUGGCUGUAAGGCCCUUAUUUGCUGUGUAUUGACCUGUGGAUUUUAUGGCAGCCGAGAGCCUUGCAUGCCCAUUAACGAGAGCUCCACAGACCAUCCCCCUAAAGUAAGUAGUGAGUCCCAGCCUCCUAAUGGCAUGGCUGUGACCAACUCCCCCGGUGGCAGCAAAUCUUUUGAGCCCAACAAGUCCACUAAAUCUGUUAAAUUGUUGCCGACAAGCGAUAGCUUCCGCUACCCAGAUGUACGCAUCGCAGGUCAGUCAGUGAGAUAUCCGGUUAUGGCCUCCAAGAGGACCCGAACCUCGGGCCGGGGCGAGAGCCAGCGGCCCAUCAGCAACACCAGUUUGUUAUCCCGUGAGGACUAUGACUUGGAUGACAUGAGCGACACAGGCACGGAUAUUGACUCGCUUAUCACCAAGAAGCUGCUGGAGCUUUAUGCCCUGCAUCAGAUCGACCAGCUGGCCAAGUGCACCUCGGACUCAUCGUUCUCCCGCAAGACCAACGAGAUCAGUGAGCUCAUAUACAGCAUCGCUCAGGACUACAACCUUGAGGAGCAAGAGGCCGAAUGCAAGCUGGUGCGCGGCGUCAUCCGCAUCAGCACCCGCAAGGGCAAGAAAAACAAGAGGCAUCAUUCUGCCGGACAGCGUCCUAAUGGGCGCAGCGAUGGCACUCUGCCGGACAGCGGCAACGAGACCAUGACCAACACCUUCAUGAGCAGUGACUUUCCAGAGGUGAAAGUGUCAGAGCAGACGCCGUCGGAUGAGCUGGCGAGGAAGAUGAGACAUUACAGCGGGAGAACAUACUCCUCCAGCGGCGCCAUGGUUUGUUUGCCGUCCCUGCACGACACCGAGACAGACUCGUCAGGUGCUCCUCUUCUUGCGCUCUAGUGACAUGGCCGAAUACAUGGCCGGCUUUAUCCUCCUGCUUUCAUUUACCGAAUGCUGUUACACACUGCUGGGUGGCUGUCAGUUAAGGAGUGGAACUUCCGUUCGAAGUUACGCUAAGGGAGUUGGGAGGUUUUUUACAUCAUCCCAUGGGAAUUAACUGGACAUUUGAACUGAAUGCUUUUCCGUGCUCUGCCUCAUUUAGUUUUUUUGCUAGAACUGAUAAUACAUUUUUUUUACUUUUAGUGUUACGACACACACACACGCCAAUGCAACAUUUCCAGUCGAUCCCAGAAAAAUUCCCAAAUUGCCCUGAGAGGUUUGAAAUUUUAAAUUGAUGGAUUUUUGCAACCUGAGUUGUAAGUCUUAAUGCUGCUAAAGUAUACCAUGAUGAAUUUACCUCCCUUAGUCAACAGUUAUUUCAUGUACCAAGUGAGAGGUUUUUAUUAUUAUUAUUAUGUUACUAUUACUAUACCUGUUACAUGUGUCAAUUUGCAGUGUCAUGUUUGAAAAAGAUGAAUGUCUACACUCCGAGCAGGUUUGACAGUCACAGCACAUGAGUGGUAGAACAGAAUGACCUGAACUUAUGCAUGUGAUUGUUCAACUUUUGUCAGGGCUCAAUGACUCAGGCCUUCUCAAAAAACACUAUCAUGUUUUGACUAAAGGAUUCAGCCAUAUUUCCUAGUAAAUAUUUCUACGUUACUUUUUGAGUUGGUAACCCACUUGUGGCAUUUGAAUGUUUUUUUGGUUGUUUAUUUUUUUAUUUUUUUAAAUUCAGUGGUGAGUGCUAUUUUGAAUAAGGUAAAAAUCUCCAUUUCCUUUGUUUCAUGUUCAAUAAAGAUGUAUAUUUGUA